AUGGCUCCGCCAGAAGGUACUCCCGCUGUCCACGCUCCGGCUGCUGGUCUCCACGGGAAGAAACCCGCGGAUGCUCGUCUCGAGCCGAUCACGCCGAAGACUCUGUUCAACGGUGCGUCGUCCUCCCAGGGAGAGCAGGAGAUCAAGGAGUUGACAGCUCGUGCGUCGGCGUUGCGCAUCAAUGAUCUGCCUGCAUGCAACAAUGCAAGCGUCAAUGACAAGGACAAGGCGGUGGCCGGUGAUCCGUCAGUUCCGGUUGUUCAGGACCACGGCAAGGCCAAGGAGCAAGACGCGGAAGAUGAUGGCGGUUACCUUAGCGAUGACCCCGACGAGUGCCAAGAUCCGGUGACGCUCAAUGAGAUCGCUGCGCAGGCUGGAGUCGCCAUCAUACUGCUGGUUCCCUUCGCUUGGAGCAAGGAGAUUCCGUGCAUCAUAAGCACCGUCAACCACCAGUUGCUGAUGUGGGGAAAGCACAUGUCGGAGAGUGUAAAGGAGACCACGAGGUGUCAGCAACUUACGGCGACCUUUCUCUCCAAGCAGCAUUUUGGCCGCAUCGAAGUCGUCUUUCUGUUGGAGGCGGACGCAAGGUUCAUGAGGGGCAGGGAGAUUGAGCACUACACCGCGAAUGACAAGAAACUGACGCUCGGCUGGCAGCAUCCGGAGAACAAGGAGUACCUCAAGGAGCGUGCUGCUCACCCGGAGGCGAUUGAGGUGCUGCUCAAGGGGGUGCCGGCUGUUAUCUCACCGGCGAUGAUCAAGAAGAGCCUGGUCUCGGCGCUGCUGCUGAAGCGCGGCCGAACGGCGUUCCGUGACGGCCUGGCUUUUCACCGUGUGUUGGAUCCUGUGUCGGGGUGGCUGCAGCUGCGAGCCCCCACGCUGACUUCUGUACGAUCCUCCCCCCGAGCAGCGGCUUUCAUGAAGCUCUCAGCGGCGUUGAAGAUCUUGCUGGCGGACCCUGCGAUUGCCUUCACGUAUACGGGAGGGGUCCGGGAGGAGUGGUUGUGCUCUCAGGAAGAUUGCGGGAAGGCUCACGGCUCCAGCUUCGAAAAGGCGGUGGAGCAUGUCCAGUCGGUCCGCCACGGCACCGGAUUGCUCAAGGCGGGAGCGGCGACUCGCCUGAGCAAGGGGAAGCUGAAUCUCGCGCAAGUCAAGGAGUAUGGGAUGUGA